AUGUCUUUGGAAAGAGAAGACCGCAAAGGCAAGAGGUCCUUGCACCAUAGUCACUCGUACACUACAACUGCAUCCACCAGAAAGUCAAGCUAUCACAGACAGGACCACAAAAUCAUGCCGUAUAGAACGUCGCAUCCACACAGACAAGCGCGUCCUCAAUACAAAGCAUCCAAGAGAUACAGUCGUGAACCAGCAUGUUCAAGGCAUCGAUCGUACUCCAGAGGAUCUUAUUCUGACGACUAUUAUAUGGAUGAGGAUGAGGAAGAGGAGGAGGACAGAAAAGACUAUUGCAAAGGAGGCUAUCAUCCAGUUCAUGUGGGCGAGAAAUACAAAGAUGGUCAAUACAUUGUGAUUCGGAAGCUAGGAUGGGGCCAUUUCUCCACUGUAUGGCUUGUGAAGGACCAAACUACCGGAAAGCAUUUUGCCAUGAAGGUUGUAAAAUCUGCAAAGCAUUAUACCGAGACAGCCAUUGACGAAAUCAAGCUUCUGGAGCGAGUCGCUGAAGCAGAUCCCAAAUCCCUGGGCGCACGAUUCGUUACUGCAGUGGUAGAUCAUUUUAUGGUGAAAGGUCCCAACGGUACACAUGUUUGCAUGACAUUUGAGGUGCUGGGCGAAAACCUUUUAUCGUUGAUCAAACGAUACAAGAGUCGUGGCAUUCCCAUAAAUCUGGUGAAACAAAUCGCAAAGCAAAUGCUGCUUGGCCUUGAUUAUCUGCAUAGAAAGUGUGGCAUCAUUCACACUGACUUGAAGCCCGAGAAUGUGCUCAUGUAUCUGGAGAAUGCAGAGGAACUUUUGAAGAAAUUGGACACGGCCAAAGUUGACCUUGACGAGUCUGAAAGCAACCAUGCCUCUGUGAGCUUCUCUCCUGACAGUCGUAGUAGAGGAAGAAGUCCAGUGAGAAAGAAUCGACAUGUCAAAAUGGUGGCUUCACAGCCACUGUCUUUUGAAAAUGAUACCACUACGGCAUAUGACGAUGAACGGGGUCGAAGAAACGGGUCAGGAAAGCGAUCAAGGUCUAGAUCAGAUUCUCAUUCUCGACACAGCAUAGACGAUAAUGGAGAGAGUAUAAAAAUCAAGAUUGCAGACCUGGGUAACGCUUGUUGGGUCAAUCAUCACUUUACAGAGGAUAUCCAAACAAGACAGUACCGAUCACCGGAGGUCAUUCUAGGGGCUAAAUGGGAUGCUGGAGCAGAUAUCUGGAGUUUGGCAUGCAUGAUUUUUGAACUGUUGACUGGCAACUAUUUGUUUGAUCCACAAAAGGGCUCACGUUACAGCCGUGAUGAAGACCAUCUUGCACAGAUUAUUGAACUUAUGGGACCCAUUAACAAAUCAUAUGCAUUAUCAGGCAAAAACUCGUCCGAAUUCUUUACGCACAAAGGCGAGCUUCGACACAUUCAUCGUCUUAAAUACUGGUCGCUGGAGGAUGUGCUUCAUGAUAAAUACGGAUACCGCAGACGAGAAGCAGAGGAAAUUGCAAGCUUUUUGGACCCUAUGCUUGCCUAUAGUAACAGAGCAAGAGCAUAUGAUUUGGUGAGCCAUCCAUGGCUUCACGGUGCAGAUCCCGUCUUGCCAGAAGAAAAAUCAGAUAAAGCCAAUUGGAGAAGCGAUUGCCCCUGGAGGGAUUGGGAAAGAGAUCUCAAAAGAAAACGUCAUGAUUAG